AUGGCUAAACGAGCAGCAAACGGAGCUGUAUCAGAAGCUGAAUCGGUUCAUGGGAGUAAAAGAGCGAGACACGAGCAACCACACGACUCGGAGGAUGAACAUGAGGAAGAAGAACCUCGUUCUACGCAACCCACGUUGACACAAGCUCAGCGCGACCUGGCUAUCGGAGACGACGAAGCAUUCGAGGCCAAGUAUCGAGAUCAAGUCCGCAGAGAAAUUGAGGAAAAGGGUGCGAGGAGAGCACAGAAGACUGGUGAAAUCGCGGAGUACGGAAUCAUCGAGAAGAUUGAGCUCGUCAAUUUCAUGUGCCAUGCUCGAACGACCGUUCAAUUUGGUCCCCAAAUCAACUUUGUUAUCGGUCAUAACGGAUCCGGCAAGUCUGCAGUGCUUAGUGGGAUUGCAAUUGCGUUGGGUGGAAGAACCGCGAGCACUGGGCGAGGAACGGGCUUGAAGAGUUUUAUCAAGGAGGGAGAGAAUGCGGCGGAAGUGGCUAUCACGCUCAAGAACGAAGGGCCUGAUGCCUAUCGCCCUGAUAUUUAUGGGGAGGCAAUUCGCGUCUCAAGAAGGUUUACAGAUAAAGGGUCGAGUUCUUAUGCGAUCAAAGGCGCCAAGGACAAGUUUAAGAAGACAAUAAGCAGCAAAAGGGAAGAAUUGACAAAUAUUACCGAUCACAUGAACCUGCAGGUGGACAAUCCUGUUGUAGUGCUAACUCAAGACACAUCUCGCCAAUUCCUUGCCUCGAGUAAACCAAAGGACAAAUACCAGUUCUUCCUUAACGGAACUUCUCUUACACAACUCUCGGACGAGUAUGAGACCAUUCUGGAGAGUCUGAAAAAGACGGAAACUAUUCUUCAAAGCAAACAAACAGUUGUCCCCGACCUCAAGCGCCAGUUCACCGAAGCACAAGGCAAAUACCGUGAGGCACAGGCUGCUCAGCAGCAAUCUCAGCGCGUGGAUGAUCUCGAAAAAGAAUUGGCCUGGGCACAUAUGAAGAGGAAAAAGAUUCAAAUGGAAGCUCUUGUGACGGACCACGAGACUGGCAAGAAGAACGUGGAGAAGGCUCAGUCGCAUGUUGAUGGUGCAAAGAAUGAGCUCAAAAAAGCAGAAGACGAGAUAAACUCAGUGAAUCAACAAGAAGCAGAAGAUGACAACGCCGGCAGCCUUGAAGAGCAGCGAAGGAGAAUCAGAGAGGAUAUGAAGAGCAAGAAGGAUCGUUUAAGAGAGGCGAAGAGCCAAAUGUCCGAAAUGAACAACGCGCUACAACAAUGUAACUCUGCAAUUAAAGAGUUAACGGAAAAGAUCAACGUCGAGGAAGCUAAGCUUCAAGACGAUCGUCGUGGACUACGUGAAAAAUUGAAUUCGGACAUGGAGCGCGUGACCAAGCAGAGCAAGAUCGAGGAGUCAAAUCUUAGCGAGUGCCAAGCGAACAUCAAGAAUCUGUCUCAGUUAAUCCAAACCAAGCAAACGGAAAGACGCGAAGUAAUAGACAGCAGGGAGAAACUCCGAGAGGCCAUUACCUCGGUACAGCAUAAUAUCAAGCGACUGGAAGACUCUCAACGCAACGCAAUAAACAGAUUUGGGUCGAAUCUUCAUCGUGCACUAGUUGAUAUUGACCGACACGCAUGGAAGGGCCAAAAACCUCUUGGGCCUUUGGGUCAAUAUGUCGAGCUCAAGGACGGUCGCUGGGCGGAACUCAUGAGGAUAUACUUAGGUGGUUUGAUGGCUAGCUUUGCGGUCACCGAUGCAAGAGAUCGCGAGCCUUUGAGCAAAAUCUUACAAAACCACGGAAACACGUACGUCUCCCGAUGCUUGUUCGCAAUAGGACACUUGUUCGAUUACUCUCGUGGAGAACCACCUGCAGAAGUUCUUACCCCUUUGCGGAUUUUGACUGUGAAGCACGAAUGGGUGAUCCGUCUUAUGAUUAACAGCGCUUUCAUCGAGAGAACGUGCUUAACUCGGACGCGUGCUGAGGCUCAACAAUUACUUGAUACUGUACAGGGCGUGAACGUUGUUCUGAGUGCAGACUUGAUGCGUUCGCAGAAGUAUCCAGAUGGAGGGUUUUUCACUAGCGGAAUGCGCAAGUUGAGGUCAGAGGAUCGGGCGAAUUGGUAUUUCACUGCAACAGGCUCUGAUGAGCAAAUCAGGAUCGAAAGGGAAAAGCUCGCUUCGCUGGAAGAAGAGUAUAAGAGUAUUGAGCCAAGGUUAAACGAAAUAGAUACCGAGGGCAAGGCCAUGUCCAUGAAGAUCAGGGAACUUCAGAAAUCUGAGACCAAUAUUCGUGCAAAGGUAUUCAAACUCAAGGAUGAGCGUGCAAGGUUGAACGAGCAAGCAGAAGAAGAAGCUCCGGCUAGCGUGCAGGGACUCCAAGAAGCCCGCAAGGAAGAAGAGGAACGCAAGCAAUCUAUCCUCGACCAGUUCAAGGCCGUUGCCGAGCGCGAAGCAGUGCUGAAUAGUGAACUCAAACCGUUGGUUGAGAAACUCGAUAACAUUCGUAAACAGGCCGAACAGACUGAGCGCCGGAACAUUGAAAACAAGCGGAAACUGGAGCCGUUACUAGAACGUCGUCUGAUGGCUGUCAAGAAAGUAGAGCACUAUCAGAAGAAGCUCGAAGAUGCCAUGAAAGAUUUAGAAGAAGCUGCUCAAGCGGAAGGAAUUGUGGUGACCGAAUAUGAUGAGUGGCUCCGAGAAGCUUUGACAAUUUCUCAGCCUAUCGAGACGGAUAGGACCCCUGAAAGUAUUGAUGCUGAAAUAGAAAUCAUUAAGAAAGCUCUGAGGGAUCGCGAGCGAAGACAUGGCCAGAGCAUUGAGGAGAUUGCCCAAGAAGUCCAAUCUACUCAAGAAGCACUGGACAAGACUAGACAAGAACUUAAGUCAAUUAAAUCCUUCAACAAGGGACUACAACUUGCUAUGAACCUUCGUCUCGACACUUGGCACAUCUUCCGUCGGCAUAUUUCCUUGCGUACUAAGCAGCAGUUUUCUUAUUAUCUUGGGCAGCGUGGGUACCGUGGAAGCAUUGAUUUCGACCACAAGUCACACACCCUCGACCUUCGUGUCAUCACGGACGAGGCGAAUCCACAUGCCAAAGAUAAAGAUCCUAAGGCAUUAUCUGGAGGUGAAAAGUCCUUCUCAACUAUCUGUCUUUUGAUGUCGUUGUGGGAGGCACUUGGAUGCCCAAUUCGGUGUUUGGACGAAUUUGACGUCUUCAUGGAUCAGGUAAACCGACAUAUUGCAAUGCAAACCAUGGUUUCAACCGCUAAGGCAAGCGACAAGAAGCAAUAUAUCAUCAUCACCCCGCUCGAUGUUAGUUCAAAUAUUGCCGCGGGAGUAAGAAUUCACAAGAUGGCGGAUCCAGAACGUGGCCAAACCCAACUGCCUUACGUUGCGGCUUAG